AUGGGGGACAUCCAUUGCGCUUGCGCACAAAUCUUGAUGCAUAUAGUCUCGAUUAAUUUCUCACAUCCAAGUUACCCCCCGAAAUGUCCACUUUUCAGCCUCUUGAACUUUAUUGAGUUGAGCUUUCCGAGGACGGCUGGGUUUUCACUAGUUCUGCUGUUUUACGAGGACCCUAGCCAGUUUAUUUCGAAAUCAAACCCAAGAGCAAGCAUUGCCAAUUCUUACGCGACUAGAGAGAUGACGCCCAUCGUUGUGGAGCCGGCAGUUUCAAAACAUCGUGAGGCCUCCGCCUACCAGUACCUAUGCUUGGUGGCACACGCGGGGCACCAAGAUGAAAAUUCAUCACCCCGCUCAGACGGCACGUCAAGCGAAGUCGAGCCUUUCGGUGCGGACAACGGCUUGCCUAGGAAAAGGACCGGUGAGCCGCCCUUGCGCGACCUUCCGGUGGAUAGCAACACCCGACAUAGCUGUCAGGCUCGUCGACUGCCUCUUGAGCUUCGCUUCACCCCGGUGAACUCCCCUACCGAUAACACGGGGCCCGUUAGGCCUAGUAGCUCUGGGAAGGUCAUCCCGCCACACCCCUCGAGCAAAGCCAAUAAAUGCCAUGCGAGGCAUUGUCGUCUCAUAGGCUUUACACCCCUCGCCGAAGAUACCCUCACCUCUUCGGAAGAAGAUUCUAUCCAAUUUCUAGGGCCUCGUAAGGUGAAAGCUAAGGAAGUUGCACCGUGUGCCCUGUUCUACAAGCGUUCGGAUGUCUUUGUCAGCUCCGAAAUGGCGAGCCAAAAUGUGCUAGCCUAUAGCGAGAACCAUUAUCGGAAUUUACGCUUCGAUGAUGAGAUCUCGAUCAGCGAAAUAGAAUAUGCUCCUCAGCCCACCAAUCAGGUGGGCAAGCAGUCCCAGCCACUCAAAGAACCGAUAAGUAUCAGUGCUCUUAGUCAAAGCGAAGUUUUCCAAGCGAACGAAAACGACCCGAAGAUCCAACCUGAGCCGCACAGCUGUAUGGAUCGAGAGCCCAUUGUACAUGCGUUUUCCAAAAAUCGAUUAACUAGUAUGCCUCUGACGUCGGAAUCCGAAUCUGGGGCUCAUUUCAGUUACGACUACUUUCACCUCUUUAGUGAUGAAACUGGGAGUCAACUCACUACUGCGAAUGGAGCUGAGCGGAUAACCCACUGGGAAAGUCCCUACAAGUCGAAUGACUUGAAUUCCGACCUGGAGAAAUCGAUUUCGAGUAUCAAUUCGUGCGGCAUCCAAUCCAGCGUAUGGGAUUCUACUCUUUCUUCGUUGACAAGGGCUACCUCGCCGGUUUCAUCAAUUUAUUCGAGCGUGGUACCAAGUUAUGAUAACAAACUGCUAGGCGCAUCUAUUCCCGAGGAAAGAUCCAUCCAAUCACAGUCCGAAUUGAUGGAAUUCUCACAUUUUACGAUCAACACUCAAAAUGAACCCGGGGGAGGUUCGAUGACCCGAGAAGCGUUUAAUUGGGAAGUAGAUCAUGGUAGUUUAGCAGACGAUGAAAAUGAUUCGGACUGUUCCAGUGUCCAACUCGAGUCAGAUGACGAUCGAGAGUUGGAAGGCUACGCAUAUAAUUUCUGUGAAUUGAAUGUGAUCUCUUCCCCUUCACCCACUGGUUUCGGCAAGAAGGGUGAAACUGUACUACACAAUAAGUCUGGCAAACUCACCCCAAACAAGAUAUGA